UCGUGUGAGCGGCGGCGGCCGGUGUGUCUGGCAAGGGCGCCGAGCGGGCGGCGGGGCCCGCGGCGCGCGGCGAAGCGGGGCGAGCGGGCGCCAUGUGGAGCGGCCGCAGCUCCUUCACCAGCCUGGUGGUGGGCGUGUUUGUGGUGUACGUGGUGCACACCUGCUGGGUCAUGUACGGCAUCGUCUACACUCGCCCGUGCACCGGCGACGGUAACUGCAUCCAGCCCUACUUGGCGCGGAGGCCCAAGCUGCAGCUGAGUGUGUACACCACCACCCGGUCCAACCUCGGUGCUGAGAACAAUGUGGAUCUUGUCUUGAACGUGGAAGACUUUGACGUGGAGUCCAAAUUUGAAAGAACAGUUAACGUUUCUGUACCAAAGAAAACAAGAAACAACGGGACACUGUACGCCUAUAUCUUUCUCCAUCAUGCUGGCAUCCUGCCGUGGCAUGACGGGAAGCAGGUGCACCUGGUCAGCCCUCUGACUACCUACAUGGUCCCCAAACCAGAAGAGGUCAACCUGCUCACUGGGGAGUCUGCUACUCAGCAGCAGAUCGAAGCCGAGAAGUCGACGAGCGCCCUGGAGGAGCCCGUCUCUCACUGGAGACCAAGACUGACACUGAACGUGAUGGUGGACAACUUCGUCUUCGAUGGGUCCUCCCUGCCCGCCGACGUCCAUCGCUACAUGAAGAUGGUCCAGCUGGGGAGCACGGUGCAUUACCUCCCCAUCCUGUUCAUCGACCAGCUCAGCAAUCGGGUGAAGGACCUCAUGGUCAUAAACCACUCCAGCACCGAGCUGCCGCUGACCGUGUGCUACGACCGCAUCUCGCUGGGGAAGCUGCGUUUCUGGAUCCACAUGCAGGACGCCGUGCUCUCCCUGCAGCAGCUCGGGUUUUCAGAGAAAGAUGCUGAUGAAGUGAAAGGAAUCUUUGUUGACACCAACUUAUAUUUCUUAGCGUUGACCUUCUUUGUCGCAGCAUUUCACCUUCUCUUCGAUUUCCUGGCAUUUAAAAAUGACAUCAGCUUCUGGAAGAAAAGGAAGAGCAUGACUGGAAUGUCCACUAAAGCAGUGCUCUGGCGCUGCUUCAGCACGGUGGUCAUCUUCCUGUUCCUGCUGGACGAGCAGACGAGCCUUCUGGUGCUGGUCCCCGCGGGCAUCGGAGCGGCCAUCGAGCUGUGGAAAGUGAAAAAGGCUCUGAAGAUGAGCGUUAUGUGGAGAGGCCUGAGGCCCGAGUUCCAGUUUGGCACCUACAGUGAAUCUGAGAGGAGAACAGAGGAGUACGACACUCAGGCCAUGAAGUACCUGUCGUAUGUACUGUACCCCCUGUGCAUUGGGGGCGCCGUCUACUCGCUGCUGAACGUUAAAUAUAAGAGUUGGUAUUCUUGGUUAAUCAACAGCUUCGUCAAUGGGGUGUAUGCCUUCGGCUUCCUCUUCAUGCUGCCUCAGCUCUUCGUCAACUACAAGAUGAAGUCAGUGGCACACCUGCCCUGGAAGGCCUUCACCUACAAGGCCUUUAACACCUUCAUCGAUGACGUCUUUGCCUUCAUCAUCACCAUGCCCACCUCUCACCGCCUGGCGUGCUUCAGGGAUGACGUGGUGUUCCUCGUCUACCUGUAUCAGCGAUGGCUCUACCCCGUGGACAGGAGCAGAGUGAACGAAUUCGGGGAGUCCUAUGAGGAGCGGCCCCAGCGGAAACCCCAUGCAGACUGAGCCCUGGCCGGGGCCACUCCCAGC